ACUGUCUAAAUGUAUCAAGAUAACACAUGUUCAUUCAGUCCAGAGAGGAAUCCAGAUGCAAACAGCUGGACUGUGGGGAUCACUGAAAUGAUAAGAAUAUUCUGAGUUCUUCUGAAUGGAAGAUUCAGGGAGAAUGUUUGAUUUGUCCGAGGAGUGGAACAUCUCUUUUGCUGGCUGUGGAUUUAGGAGUAUCUACUAUGUUGGUGCUUUGAGCUGCAUCCUUGAGCAGGUCCCUCAGCUGGUGCAUGGUGCCUCUAAAUUUGGGGGAGCUUCCUCCGGUUGUCUAGUGGCAGCAGCUCUGGCUGUGGGGAUUCCUAUCGAACAGCUCUGUUUCAGUAUUUUGAACCUGGCGAAGGGAGCCAGAAAGCACACUUUGGGAGUUUUUCACCCAACCUUCAGGAUGCUGCAUACGGUACGGGACUCUCUGCUGGAAAAGCUUCCGGAGGACGCCCACAUCCUGGCCACGGGUAGGCUCUAUGUGUCCCUCACCAGACUGCCAGAUGGAGGAAAUGUGUUAGUGUCAAAGUUUGACACCAGAGAGGAGCUCAUUCAGGUUCUCAUGUGCAGCUGCUUCUUUCCUGUCUACUGUGGCUUUAUACCACCAUCAUACCAUGGAGUGCACUAUGUGGAUGGAGCUCUGAGCAACAACAUGCCUCUGUUUGAGCACAGAAACACCAUCAUCAUGGCCCCCUUCUCAGGCGAGAGUGACAUCUGUCCCAGGGAGGGUACAUUCAACUUUUUCGAGGCCAACUACGGCAACGUUAGCAUUCAGGUUAACACCGGCAACGUCUAUCGUGUAUGUACAUCGUUCCUUCCUCCUACUCAGGAGAAGCUGGCUGGGAUCUGCCAGAAUGGCUACAUGGAUGCCCUUCGUUUCUUGAAAGAAAGAGAUCUGCUCAGUGUGAAGAACAGCCCUUGGAGUGUAGCGCUUGGGAAAGGCUGGACCAAACCUCCUUGUUGUGAGCAUGGGAAAGAACUGGCUAAUGCAGAAGAGGCAAGACUGAGGAAGAUGCAGCAAUGUAAUGGAAGAAACCCUCUGCAAAAACAUCACAUAUGGCUGAACCACAAAGUCACCGAUAGCCUCCCCGCCAGUAUUAGGAAAGUGUUGUGUGAGGCGUGCCGGUAUAACCAUGACACUGGCAGCUGGUGGUCUCAGCUUCUUGACUUCCUCCCAGUAAAACUCAUCUUUUACAUGCUGACCCUGCCCCUCCUGCUGAGCCUUGCGUUUGCCGGAAGGCUGUGGAGCGAACUGCAAACAACUGAUACAUAUAGCAGGGCAGUGCAGACUCACAUGGAGCAUCAGAAGAGAUAACCCCUAAAGUGGAAACAAGUUCCCUGACUCAGACCUUGAUGACCUCAAAGAGGGAGACACAGAUACUGAGCCCAGACGACAUUAAUGUAAAAAUCUAUAUGUAAAAACAAGGGUCAGUUCAUAUAAAGUAUAAGGAUUAAAGAUAAAUGAUUUCUUUAUUUUGUAAUCUUUAAUGCUCCCUCAUUUAGCAAAAUAAAAUUUAUAUUUUUGAAGCCAUCUGCUGGUUUCCUUGAAUUCAGUUUUGUCAAUAAAAUUUUAAUUUAAAGAUAAAAAUGUAAAUGUUGAUCCUAAGAUAUUUGUAUUUUCAGGUUACUUUUGUGCAUCUGUUUUCAUAAUUUCUCUGUUGUUUAUGUUCUCUAGGUGCUGCUAUAUUAGUUCAUUCUUUUGUAUUUAGGUCUUUAUUCUUGUUUUGUUAGUUGUACAUUUUGAAUUAUUUCUGUUAGAUUUGUCUCCUUGGUUUGCUAGUUUUUUAGGGUCUUAUUUCAGCUCCACCCGUUAAUUAGUCUCCCUCCCUCAGCUUCCCUGCUUUCAUUCCACCACAGCUGCUUCACAUUUCCUCUAAUUAGCCAAUUUGGUUUCUUUGUCAUCUACCACCUCUACCUCGGUAUUUAAGUUCUUGAUUUCUCAUUGUUCAUUCCUGGAUUCUUUGGUGUAUCUGAAAUAUACUCUGUUUCAUUUAUUAAAGAGCUGUGUUGUCAGUA